AUGUCUCCUAACAAUCGUGUGGUGCCCCAACCGUCCGGUGCCUCUUACAGUGGCAGUGAGCGCGGGCCCCUUGCCCUUCCACCCAAGAUCAACCUCGAAUCUUUUAAUGCUUUCAUCCACGAGAUCAUCGCCAUUGUCGGAAACGAUAAUGUCGAUGUGAUUACGUCUCAUGACCAAAUCGACGACAAAUCCUAUGAAGAUCCGACACACACCCAUGACCCUCAUCACAUCCUUGACCAAGACUAUUUCUUAGCGUCGGCGGUUGUGGCGCCUCGCAAUGUCCCAGAUGUUCAAGCUAUUGUCCGGGCGGCAAACAAGAUAUCGCUUCCCCUAUGGCCAAUUUCAAUUGGAAGGAAUUCGGGGUAUGGAGGAGCAGGGCCCCGUGUGAGAGGCAGCAUUGUGCUCAACAUGGGAAAGAAUAUGAGCAAGGUCCUGGAAGUGAAUGUCGAGGGCGCGUACUGCUUGCUAGAGCCAGGUGUUACCUUCCAAAGUCUGCACGAGUACCUUGUGGAGCACAACCUGAGAGACAAGCUCUGGGUUGAUGUUCCGGACCUCGGCGGCGGUUCCGUCCUCGGCAACACCCUGGAUCGCGGUGUUGGCUACACACCUUAUGGAGACCACUGGAUGAUGCACUGCGGCAUGGAAAUCGUUCUGCCCAACGGCGAGCUAAUGCGGACUGGAAUGGGGGCCCUCCCCGACCCUAAACGGCCAGAGACCAUGGGACUUGCGCCGGAGGAUCAGCCCUGGAACAAGACGGCCCACCUCUUUCCAUAUGGCUUCGGCCCUUAUGUAGACGGGCUCUUCAGCCAGUCCAACCUUGGCAUCGUCACCAAGAUGGGCAUGUGGCUCAUGCCCGACCCUGGAGGUUAUCAAUCGUACCUCAUCACGAUCCCCAAGGACGAGGAUCUGAAGCAGGCUGUCGACAUCAUCCGUCCUCUGCGUCUGAGCAUGGUUCUGCAGAACGUUCCCACAAUCCGUCACAUCCUAAUGGAUGCGGCGUGCAUGGGACCGAAGACGGACUACACCUCCAAGACGGGGCCGCUCACAGACGCUGAGCUGGAUGAGAUCGCCAAGAAGCUCAACCUCGGGCGAUGGAACUUCUACGGAGCGCUAUACCUGACCAAAAGCAAGGGACCUGAGCCGAUCCGAAACGCCAUGUGGGCAGUGAUCAAGGAGGCAUUCUCUGCCAUUCCCGGGGCCAAAUUCUUCUUCCCCGAGGACGUCCCAGGCAAGACUGUUCUGCACAUUCGAGACAAGACGCUGCAGGGGAUCCCGACAUUUGACGAGCUGAAGUGGGUGAGCUGGCUGCCCAACGGAGCUCACCUUUUCUUCUCUCCUAUUGCUAGGGUUGUAGGAGACGAUGCGAUGGAGCAGUACACCAUCACCAAGAAACGAUGCCAAGAGGCAGGCCUGGACUUCAUCGGCACUUUCACCGUGGGCCUCCGAGAAAUGCACCACAUCGUCUGCAUCGUCUUCGACAAGAAGUCGCCGGAGCAGAAGAAGAAGGCGCACUGGCUCAUCAAGACGCUCAUCGACGACUGCGCAGCGAAGGGAUGGGGCGAGUACCGCACUCACCUGGCGGUUAUGGACCAGAUCAUGGGCACGUUCUCGUGGAACAAGAACAGCUUCUUGAAGUUCAACGAGGUGAUCAAGAACGCGGUGGACCCGAACGGGAUUAUUGCUCCUGGCAAGUCUGGAGUGUGGCCAAAGCAGUACAACAAGGAGGAGUGGAAGCUCUGA